CAUGUUCUCCACACUCGCGCGAAAUCCUCCUGAUUACUCUCUACUUUAGAGAUUCUCCUUGACAGCACGAGCGUUUGUUCUGCCUCCGUUGAAACCGUGGUUUGUAUUUAUGGUGUUGAUGAGUGUCUCAAUAUAGUAUCAUAACCUACAUAUUAACAAACCUAAACGACACGUCUGCGCUCGGAAUGUCACGAUUUUUGUCGGCGUUAAAGUCUGAAGUACUGUUGCGUUCUUCUUGUGGAUGUAACGGAGUUGCAGACACUCUCUCGGUGAACUACUCGGCUGUAUUUAGGGAAAUCCACGCGUCCGUGGAGGCGGCGCUUACCGGAGUUCACUAAAGAGCUAACGUUAGACAGCUUCAGUCCCGAGCUUCAGUCCACCUUUGACUCAACGCCAAACAGUUGAUACGAUUUACAUCUAUUUACUAAUUCUGUUAUGGGUCGCUUUCUAAUUGGUUCCGUCCAGUGAUUUCUGUCCUGGCUGUCAUGUGAAAACUGUUCGCCGUCCCUCAUUCUUCAGAGAUGUUGAGCUUUCAAAGCACUUACAUUGAGAUUGAGAAGGACUUCCAAACACCAGAUUAAAAAACUGCAACAUCUCCCUGUCUUCCUCUACCUCUGUCUUCAGACAUCUAGAGUCCGGUCUCAAAAGAGUAUGGCGUUUUUAAUUAAAAAGAAGAAGUUCAAGUUUCAGAUACACUUCACCCUGGAGGAGCUAACGGCUGUGCCGUUUGUCAAUGGGAUGCUCUUCUGCAAAAUCAGACUGUUGGAUGGUGGAGACUUUUCCAUUUCUUCAUCCAGGCAGGAGGUUCAGGAGAACUGUGUUCGCUGGCGGAAAAAGUUCUCCUUUGUGUGUAAGAUGAGUGCCAGUCCUGCCACUGGGGUCUUGGACCCCUGCAUUUGCCGAGUGUCUGUGCGUAAGGAACUUAAAGGUGGAAAGGCUUUUUCAAAGCUGGGCUUUGCUGACCUCAACUUGGCGGAGUUUGCUGGUUCAGGCUCCACUGUUCGCUGCUGUAUACUAGAGGGCUACGACACCAAGAACACUCGGCAGGACAACUCCAUUCUCAAGGUUACUAUUGGUAUGACCCUUCUCUCUGGAGAUCCCUGCUUUAAAACGCCUGUGAGCACAGCUAAGACCAUUGCCAUGGCUGGUCAGGACCCCUCUCUGCAGCUGGACCGCAAGGGAGAGGGCACCGCUCACCACUCUGCACCGUCCCUCGGUGGCAGCACUCGCCGAUCAGUCAAGAGCAGACCCUGUGUGAACAACUCUGGAGGACUUCAGGAGGGAUUGGAGGAGAACCUGUCCAGUCCAGAUGAAGUGUUUCCCACGGGACACUCUCGCAACUCUAGCUUUGCCAGCCAACAGAGCAAAAUCUCAGGUGGGACUCAGGGCACGAUCAAAAGAGCGUCAGGCUACAGUACGGAGCACUCUCACUCCUCCAGCCUGACAGAUCUGUCCCAGCACAACACAUCAGGAGGGACGUCCACAACUAUUGAGAGCCCCGUAGAGCCAGAGAAAGAGGUGGUAAAACCAGAGAGACCACCGCGUCCUCCGCGACCUGCUCUGCCCCCAAACAGACCCUCAAGGAGAAAGACGGACUCUGUGGAGAACCAUCCCACAUGGGUGGACGACACGCGCAUUGAUGCAGAUGAUAUUGUGGAGAAGAUUGUGCAGAGUCAGAACUUUGCGGAUUUUAGCAACAUUGAAGACAGCAAUUUAACACUGUUCGUCAGUAGAGAUGGGACCACAGCAUUAAGUGGCAUUCAGCUUGUCAACAGGGUGUCUGCAGGUGUUUUUGAACCGGUGGUGAUUGAGAGCCAUUAGAUCUCUGAGGCCACAGCAGUCACUCUCUCAUACAGCCACUCUUUAUUUGUAAAUGAUGGCGAGAGCAGGACAGGGACUGGAUGUCAGAGUGGGCACCUGACUUCACAACUUGCUCCUCUUAUGGGCCUGACAUAUUACUCUCCUAUUACAAUUGUAACACCCUAAUCAUGCAUUACAUUUGCUGAAAAAACAGUGGUGGGUACGUUUAUUGUUCUAUGAUUAGGAAUGAAUUAAUCAUAAAUAUUUUACAGCGGAUUCUGAAAAUACAAAAUACUUGAAAUGAGGCAAGAUGGGAGCUUCAGUCUAACACUGUGAAAGAUGAGGGCAGUCCAAAGGUUUUAGAAAGGAAAUUCAGUUCUAUGUUAUAUUCAAAUUUUAGCAGCUUUUCAGAUAUCAUUUAAAGUUUUGAAGUGGAAUUAUUUAAUGUCUUAUAUUUCUUUUUGAUGCAUUUAC